GGGAGACCAGUCUAAGACGCGCAUUUCAGAACUGGAUGAGGAAAGGAGUCUGAUUUACUCAAACCGUCUCUGCUGUGUGCGCCCGAAGAGAAAAACAUUUCACAGAUAAAACAGCCUAGUUUUCCAAUAGCCUGCUACAUUAACUUUUAAGACACCGUGGCCACUGUCAAGAGUCGGAGAUGAUGGAGAAAAAGCAAAACUAAAAAUCCUGUUUCUCUAAAAUCACAAGUAACUCAUGGAUUGGAAAUAUAUGGACUGAUGCCAACUUCCGGGAUGACUUUGUUAAAAAAACAAACGACGCCGCUUUCCUACCAUAGUAAGGUAGACACCGAACUACAUCCUGAUGUUCACUAAAUGAGCCGUCCCCUGAGCUGGACUAAUAGCAUUUGGACAGGGACGGUCUUAAAAGUCCAACAUUUAAACUUUCUGCAGGUAAACUACAACAUUACCUCCUGUCAAAGUUGCUGAGAUAAAUCUCCAAACAUCAUAAUGGGACCCAAGGUUAAGGCCAAAAGUAGUGGACCAAUGGACAAAUUCGUCAAGAGGAAGAAAAUGGCAGGAAACCAGAAUGGAGAAAGCAGUCCACCUCUUAAUUUACAAGUUGACAAGUUACAACCAAAGAGGAAGAAAAUGGCAGGAAACCAGAAUGGAGAAAGCAAUCGGCCACCACUUGUACAAGUUGAUGAUAAGUUACAAGUAAAGGAAGUGGAGCCACAUGAAACCCAUUCUUUUGAUUGGUGCUUGGGUGACAAGAAACCUGAAACUAUCACCUGUGAUAAAGCAAGAACUGUUGAGGAUGUGCUGAAGACAAGUGAUGAGUUUAGAAAAAUUGCAAAAAUUAACAAAGACAAAGAGCUUGUUAUUAUAAGAGAUGGGAAAGCUAUCAGUUCACACUUUCCAUGUUGCUUAAUUAAAGGUGAACGUCUGACUGUCAGAUAUGUUAAAGCUGUGGACGAGGCGAAACAAUCAGCAUGUGUUCCCCAGAGAAAGAGGCCACCCAGCAAGCUUAUGAUCUUUCAUGUCCUAACAAAGGGAGGUAAAAAAGUAGUGAGAAUCAUGAGAAACCCAGCGCUACAAAGAGAAGCUCACAUUAAUGAAAUUACUGUUUAUGCAUAUAAGGGGGAAAAAGUGAAGCGGGCUCUUAAGAGAGAUGGCCGUCUAUCAGUUAUUGUAUUCAAUAAGACCUGCGCUCUCUCUCGCACAAGCACUAACAUGGCAAUGUCCAACCUCGUUGAUGACCUUGAUGGGGAAACUGUCAAGAUCAUACUACGCAGUAAGUCUAGUCCACCAGAAAGUCCGCCUGGUAGUCUUGAUGAUAUGUACAUGGUGCAAAAUGAAUCUCAGAGAUCUGAUUUAGAUGAAAACCAAGAUCCUCCACAGCAGUCAGCCACAACUGAGUCAGUGAAUGACAACACACCACAGGAGAAAACAGAGCCAAAUGGUGGCACAACCACAUUAAAAAUAUUACAUGAAAUACCCAAUUCAAAACCAAUGCAGGAUGUCCUGUCUAAACAGUUAAAAGAUGUUGUGAACAGGAUAAAAAAUCAGCGUGUUCCUAAGCGUUCUCGUAUUCAAAAUGUCUUCCAUGUGGAGUAUGGAAAGAAUGAUGAGACAUGCAAGGAAGUGAAAACUAUGAAGAAAUUGAUGCAGCUGAGUGAUUCUGUGUGCCAGGUGAGAGUAGAUGGGAGUCCACGUGGAACCGGCUUUCUCCUGUUUGGUAGGUUUGUCCUCACGAACGGCCAUGUCGUUAAAGACUUUUAUGAUGUGACUGGAGGGCAACUUCAGCAGAGGGUAACUGUCAAUUUCUCCUUUGAAAGUCUGGACCACAUGCAGGGUGAGCAAGGGUCACAAGCAAACAUGGUAGUGGAAGAAAUCGUUGGUGGUGAAUACUGUCUUGGUGUGUCAGGUCACAUGCAUGACUGGGCUUUGUUGAGACUCAGGGCUGAUCAGACGUUGCCUGAUGGACUGUUACCACACUUUGGAUUCCUUCCCCAAGGUGGUGGAAUUUGCAUAAUUGGGCAUCCUGGUGAAGGUGUGAAAAAGAUUGAUGCAUGCUUCAUUAUUCCGUCUGAAAAGCGCAGCCAGAUUGUGGAGAGGCAUCAAAAUGAAAAUCCAGAGGGCGUUUGGAAUGAAUUGAGUGACCUGCAGAUUCAGCUGGUCACCAAAUAUUUCUUUAGAGAUGUGGCAGAAUCUGUCAAACAUAACAGCCAGGCUCUGACUUAUGAGUCUUGUUUUUACUUUGGCUCAUCUGGUUCUCCUGUCUUUGAUAAUCACUGCAAUGUUGUUGCAAUGCAUACUGGAGGGUACCACUACCACAAUGUAAGAGGUCACCCCCAAAGUGUCAUAGAGUAUGGCCAUCCUUUGUCCGUCAUUAUUGAGCGCAUCAUCAUCCAGAUGGUGGAAAACGGAAAACUUGAUGUGUUGAAAGAGUACCUCGCUUGCAGUUAUGCACAACACCAAAAUGUGAAGAUCAGUUUGAAGAAACUGAUCGAAAGCAGAAAUCUUGUAGCAUUUAGAAAUGCCGUAAACAACUCAGUUAAUGCAGGUGAUGAGAAACUCACGACGUUCUUUGAGUUCUUCUCUCAGACAGAGAACCCCGUCCCAAUGGACACAGCCAGAGACUAAGCUAACUGCAGACUAAAGACACAGUGAAAGCAGUUUGAAAGCUGAGCAACAAGCGCUUGUCCUUUUCGCAUAUAGCUACUAGGAUACAUUUUAAUUAAACACCAAAGGAAUGCAGGGAGGGAUUUUAUUAAAAACUUGGUGUACUGAAUGUUGUAAAUAUUAAUAUUCAGUUUUAGGAUAAAGGAAACCAUAUUUCUUUUCCAUACUCAUUUUUAGUGAUAUCUCUAAAUACGUAUUUGUUUGGUUAUCCAUAAAUAAUUAUGUUUUUUAAUUCGAUGCUUGCUCAUUGCAAAUGCAACUAUUAUUAAUAUGGUUGGAUUUAUUAGCUCAACUGGCCAAUAUUAAUGGCCAAUGAUUUUAUCUUAUGACAGAUAUAUCAGUGUUGGGAUAUACAUAUGCCGAAUAUGAUUAUUAAGAAGAAUUGCAGUAUAAAAAUGCCUUACUCUGAUGUGUCUGGUUCAUUACAUAUCUUCUGAGAUACUCUGAUUUCUU